CCUUUCUCAGGGGACAUCUUGUCAUCGGUGCACUAUACUUAUUUGAGUUAGCUUUCACAGAGUCACCUACGAAGAGUCUGUAUGUAUUCGAUGUACGUACUGACAACUCUCAAAUGUGCACAAUCACGAGCGCAGCCUAUUGGAGUUGGAAUUGGAGUGACUACCAACUGUACCAACUACCAGUGAUGAAAUUUUCGAUGGAUGAAGUUGUAUUGAAAAGACAAUAACGAUGAGUGAGCAAAGACGUUCGAUUUUUGCACAAAAUUAUAAAGCUGGACCACAUGGUGUAGGUGACCCCGAUGACAAACGUUUAAGAAAAAUUGAGAAAGAUGUACUCAUACCACAAAAAAUGAGAGAUAAGGCAAAAGAAGAAAAAUGUUUCAAAGAAGUUCAAGAGUUUGCCAAAUGUUGUAAAGAUUCUAAUUUUUUGAUGGUAUUUAGAUGCAGGGAAUUAAACAAUGCAUUAAUAUCAUGUUUAGAAUUAUGGUAUAAAGAUCCACAGUUUAAAAAUGAAUGUACACAAGCAUAUUUAGAAGAAAGAAGUGAAUAUAGAAGAACUGGUAUACCUAAAUCAUCAAAAAAAAAAAGAGCUGUAUCAUCAAGCUAAGUUAAAGGUAAUUCAUGCGUUUGUAACUUAUAAAAAAUGUAAAUAUAUAUAUAUAUAUCUGUA